AUGGAGGGAUCAAGAAACAGCCAUGGAAAGCGUUCCAAUUCUCAGUCUGACCACAACGAUAAUGUAAGAACCAAAAGAGGAAACACUGGUGAUGAAAGUGGAAAGAACUUAAUCAAUUCAGAUUAUACUGUAUUCUGUUACUUAUGCCCUGCUGAGAAACUUAUGAGCAUAAUAGGAGGAUGUUGUAAGAUUAUCAUAAAAUUAGAAUCCGAAACUAAUUCAACAAUCGAUUUUACUGAUAAAGUGCUUGGAUGUGGAGAACGUGUUAUUACUAUCUACAGCACAAAUGAUGAAACAAACGACUUUGAUGGAAUAGAAACUGAUCAACGAGUUUGUCCAUCACAAGAUGCCCUUUUCAAAGUACAUGACAUCGUAGUAGCUGAUGAAGUGGGGCCCAAUGAGGUUGCUGACAUGGCACCACAAGUUACAACUCGUCUCCUUGUCUCAUCUGAUCAAAUCGGAUGUGUUAUUGGAAAAGCUCUCUAA